AUGUACGAGGUUCUGGGGACACCUUCAGACACAGUUUGGCCCGGCUAUAGCGCACUGCCAUUAGUAAACAAUAUAAUCUUCGACGAGUAUCCAUCGGGUGGGUUGCGCAAAAAGAUAAACGAGGACUUACUGUCAGUAAGUGGAUUUUCUUUGCUAGUGGACUUGUUGACGUAUGAUCCAUCAAGACGGGCGACAGCAAGUGAAGCAUUGCUGCACCCAUACUUUAACGAGGAGCCGGCGGCAAUAGAGCCGGCCAUGUUCAUGUCUUCGCUGUGGUUAAAGGACUCCGGCUCUUACACGGAAGACCACGAGCAGUACUACGGCUCUGACACAGAAGACCACGGGAAGUACUAUGGCUCUGACCCAGAAGACCACGGUAAGUACUAUGGCUCUGACACGUGGUACGACGAGAGUUACCACAGCACUGAUUCGGAAGUGGAUCUCACUUCUGACGCAAAUUCUUCCGUUGGCAGCAUUCUGGACACCGAUGACGACACGACGGAAUAA